AUGUCUCUGACCAGGGCUGAGAGGACCAUCAUCGUGUCCAUGUGGGGCAAGAUCUCCACACAGGCAGACAUCAUCGGCACCGAGGCCCUGGAGAGGCUCUUCUCCAGCUACCCCCAGACCAAGACCUACUUCCCGCACUUCGACCUGCACGCGGGCUCCGCGCAGCUGCGCGCGCACGGCUCCAAGGUGGUGGCCGCCGUGGGCGACGCGGUCAAGAGCAUCGACAACGUGGCGGGCGCCCUCUCCAAGCUGAGCGAGCUGCACGCCUACGUGCUGCGCGUGGACCCUGUCAACUUCAAGCUGCUGUCCCACUGCCUGCUGGUCACGGUGGCCUCGCACUUCCCCGCUGACUUCACGGCCGACGCGCACGCCGCCUGGGACAAGUUCCUGUCCAUCGUGUCCCGCGUCCUGACCGAGAAGUACCGCUGAGGAUGCCUCCCGACCCCCAGGGCAGGCUUCGAGCCCUCCCCUUCCCCUGCACCCUCUUACGAUUCCACCCGGGACCCCCAAUAAAUGGAUGA